AGACCGAAACUUUGCUAUGGAGAGUUCAGAAAUGGAUAAACUUGACCACUCAGCUGAAGAAAAGGAUUCUAUAGUAUUGCUACAACAUGAUUGUUCUAACAUCAAAUUGGAAGAUACCUUUCUAUCAGGAACAGUGGAAAACCAAACCAAUACAAUGUCUUCGUUGUUAUCGGUAAAGGAAGAAAUCGAAGAACACUCCGCUCGUGGUCAAGGAAAAACAAUUAUAAAGUACCACAAUUGCGAUCGUUGCGGAAUGAAGUUUCCCUUGAGAACGAUGCUGAACAGACACAGAUUAUCCCAUAAUAACGUGAAACAUCCUAUCCCAAAGAUCAAAUGUUCAAAAGAAAAAUAUGGAUAUUCCCAAACAUCGGAUUUACAGAAAUACAGUAAAUCCGUAUUCGGGCAGAUUGAAAAACGCGAGUAUACUUGUAAUCUCUGUAAUUUUGCAUGCGAAAAAAGCAUUACAUUGACCGUACACUUGAAAAGAAAACACAGAAUAAAUGAGGUCAAGUCUGUUUCGAAUAAUCGCAAAUGUUCUUCCAACGAAAAUAAUUCAAGCAAACGAAGAUCUACGAAAAAGAGCAAGAAAGUUUAUCACUUUUGCGACAUUUGUGAUUUCGAAUGUACGAAGGGUGAUGUUCUGGCAGCACACGUAGCACAGUGUCAUCGAAAAUCAGAGAAGAGAAUCGAAAAUUCAUCGAGCAGAUCAAACAAGUGGAACUAUGAAGUCGCAGAAGCUAAAGAAGAAAAGUACGAUGGCGAAGUACAAAAAAACGUCUCGAUGUUUUCUUGUUCGUGUUGUACGUUCCGUUGUAAAAAGAGAUCAACUAUGACGAGCCACGUUAACAAGAAGCACAGUAACAAAGCUACUCUCGAAGAACGUUGUGAUCUUUGCGACUUCAAAUGCGCGAAGAAGAGUACACUUUAUUCGCACAAACGUCAACACAAAAUCGAAGCAUUGAACCAGGUUUAUGCUUGCAACGAGUGUGAUUUCAAGACGAUCAAGAGAACAUCUCUUUAUUCUCACAUCAAGAGAAAGCACAAAACAAUGAGAUCUUGUACCGGUAACGACCAACCCGAAUUGUUCUAUUGCAAUCAAUGCGAUUACAAAAAUAAAAACAAGUAUGAACUGAAGGUUCACGUAGCCAGGAAGCAUACCGACGACUUUAAAUUCUCUUGUGAAACCUGUGGAAAAAAGUUCAAGGUCAAAGGUGAUUUGACGAAUCACAUAAGGUUCAGUCAUCGAGAACAGCCGGUCAUUUGCGACGUCUGUGGGAAAACUUGUUUAAAUAGCAAUUCUCUUUACGUGCAUCAAAAGUUUGCUCAUUACAAGGCACAAUACGAAUGUCAAGUAUGCAAAAGACGAAUGGUGAGCCAGGAGAAUUUAAAUGAACAUAUGAUCAGGCAACACGAGAGAAAAGAGAACGUUGUUUGUGAAGAAUGUGGCAAAACAUUUUCUAGAAACAGCAGAUUGAAGGUUCACAUGAGGAUUCAUACUGGAGAUAAACCUUAUACUUGUACCAUCUGCAGCAAAGCUUUUGCACGUAGAACUGCACUGAAGCAACAUCUUCUCAUACACACCGGCAUGAGACCAUACGUAUGUGAUAUUUGUGGAAAGGCUUUCACUCAGAAACCUGGACUGAUCAGCCAUCGAAAAUCUCAUCCUGGAUCUCAUCCACCUCUACCAAGAGUUCUCAUCGAUCACAUAUUAAACGACGUUAUGAACAACUGA